ACAACUUUGCCCUUAUUGGCUGAACAAUUUUAGUCACACGCAUGACGUUUGUAUCUCUGGAAGUUCCGAUACGUUAUCUGCUAUUUCUCCCGAAAAGCCUGUAAAGAAGUAAAGUUUCAAUAAAUGCUCUAAUAGUACACAUAAGUUAAUCAUUUAUUUAUUGUUAGUUACUGUAAUGUUGCGCUGGUUUAUGUGUUUAAUCGUCUAGUCUGUGAAGAAGGCAUUCAAGUAAGAAUUGCAUUGUAUUCUGUGCAUGACAAUAAAAACUUUGAAUCCUUGAAAUAAAUGUAUUUGAUCUUUUUCCUGGCAGCUAUCUUUUCACUGCUAGCACUUUGGAUCAGGAGUUGGUUAUUGUAGAAGAGGUAAUGUGCAUGCAGGUGAUAUUUUUAUAGAUGUAUCUACACCCUUUUGGAAGUGCGGCCAUCUCAGUCAGGUCUCGCACUACGAGGAGUAGAAGUUGUCUAGUUUGGCUGCUGUCAGUUUAUAUUACAAGUUUAUAUUACAGUUUAUAUUAUUAUAUUACACUCCUGCAGCCGCCGGCAGAUGGCGCUCCCCCUCACGUCAGCUGCAGUCAGACCUAAGUGAAGUCGAACGCACCCAACGCAUUCCCAAUUAUCAAAAAAACCCACUAAUUGAAUGGGUCGCGUAAUUAUCGCUAUGAAUUCUGGGAGUCUGUGCAACUUCAAGACCGCAGCUCUCGUGUUACUUAUAACAAGGAAGGAACAUUAUUCUAUAUUUUUAAUGGCGACCGGAUGAUUGAUUGAUAUAAUGUAGUGUUUCAUUCUAUAUCCUGUUUUGAUAAGAUAUCGACAUUUCGUAAACAUUCGAUAUACAGUUAAACCAUAAUUGGUCCGUCUUGUUUCUUUGUCACCCAGAAACUUCACAACUGUGUUGUGAGCGGAUUUUCAGCGCUUAUAUGUUUUUAAACUUGUCUUAAAAUUUUGUGGUACUUCUACGUUUCUGCGCUUUUGUAAAUGUAGAUCGUAUGUUUUGUCAUUUGAUUAAAGCGUUUGAAGACUUUGCAGCGCGCUGACACCAAUCGGCCACCGUAGCUUAGCAACCGAAUCAUAACAAUUCUUUUCCGUUUAGAGUUUUCAUUUGAACAUUUAAAGCAGCUCAGACUUGCAGUUUAUCAGCAAGAGAGAAGACGCGAAAGAUGUCCAUCGUGAAAACCACCGUGAAUCUCCAGAGGAUUGACUGGCUGCUGCCGAAAGGUGCAGUCAGUGUGCGGAUCGCCCCGGAAUACAUCCCCGGUCCAGUUGGCCGAGGACAAACCAGUUCCAGUGAUGCUGGCCGUCUGAAGAAGUGCCGCACCAGGCCGCCGGCAGCCAGCUCCCUGACCACGUCUGCCUCUCCUGGAUCUGCUGCCAUCCCGGUGGCAACCAGCAGGGGUCAGCAGGGCACAGGCCGCCGUAGAAAUACGGCGGGAGGCCGGUCAGGGCGAAGAAGGAGGUAUGACCAACAGAAGGGGUUAGAGCCUAAGCCCAGCUCACCAACCUUCUCCUCCUCUUCAUUUUUAUUUCCGUCUUCAGCCCCCUCCUCUUUUGUUUCAUCCCCAUUUCUUUUUAUGGGCUCCUCUGUUUUAUCCCCACACUUAGUCACACCUGUAAGCCCAGCUCCACAUCCAUAUUCAGCUCCAGGCCUGGUUCAUCUGACCCCUCUGCUUCAGGCUCCAGCACAGGCUGUAGCCGCCUCAUCUCACCUGGAAAAAUUCUAUUGGUUGUAUAACUAUUAUGUAACCAAGUACUCUAAAAUGACCUAUGACGCCAAGUGCUUUACUGAGUACUGGUGUCAGGAGUUUUGGAACAGACAUUUAAAUGAAAUUAACUUAGCGAAACAGGGGAAGAAUGAGGAUAAUGAGGGUACUCAUUCAUCCAAGAGGCGUAGGAUUGAUGAAGAUGAGUUCAUCUUUCCUAUUGAUGCACUGGAGCAGCUAAGUACCAUGCCCAGGGCUCAGGAGAUGGGUGUGGAAAUGGGCUAUCAGUCAGAUGCACAUAGCUACAUUUCCCUGUAGAUUCAGCACAUAAUUACACGAGAGUUGUCAUACAUACUUAGGAUAAGAUAAAAUUAGGUUAUGUUACCAUAUAGUUCUAUAGCAUAAGGUACUAUAGGAUAAGCUUAAGAUAGGAUAAGGUUAAGAUAGGACAAGUUAAGAUACUCUUAACUUGUAUGCCAUUUUAUGUUUUACAAAGACAUGAUAAAUUACCAUAAGUUUAGGAUAAGAUUAUAUGAGAUAGGAUUGCAUAGCAUAAGAUAAGAAAGAUAGGAUAAGAUAACAUAGAAUAAAAUUAAGAUAGGAUAGGUUACGGUAAGCUUAAGAUUGUAUAACAUAGGAUUAGAUUAAUUAUAAAUAAAGCAGUCCUCCUUAGAGGGGGGGUGGUGGAGGGAAUAUUUAAGAAAUAAAAAUAGGAUCAGUUAACAUAAGGUAAAGAUAAGAUUGUAUAACAUAGGAUUAGAUUAAUUAUAAAUAAAGCAGUCCUCCUCAGAGGGGGGGUGGUGGAGGGAAUAUUUAAGAAAUAAAAAUAGGAUCAGUUAACAUAAGGUUAAGAUAAGAUUGUAUAACAUAGGAUUAGAUUAAUUGUAAAUAAAGCAGUCCUCCUCAGAGGGGGGGUGGUGGAGGGAAUAUUUAAGAAAUAAAAAUAGGAUCAGUUAACAUAAGGUUAAGAUAAGAUUGUAUAACAUAGGGCUACAGUGAAGAAAUCAAAAAUUUCAAGGCAGCAUGAAGGUAACGCACAAUCAGGGAUGUGCAAUUUCUGAGGCAUGUAUUCAAAAAAAGUAUUUUAAUUGUGUUUUAUGAUUCAUAUUUGAGUUCAUGAAAUAAAAUGUUUUUUUCUACAGA